UUUUUUAUUUCUUCUUCUUCUUCUUCUUCUUCUUCUUCUCUUGCCUGAAUGAAUUCUAGGGUUUCUAAUGAUUCUUCUGGGUCAGUUCAGCUUCCAUAUCACUUUUUUAGUACUGGGUUUGUGAUAUUUGCUUUGUUUUCCAGAUCAUUUAUUUUGGGUACUUUUUAGGUUUUUUUUUUUUUUUUUUUUUUUUUUUUUUUUUUUUUUUUAAUGUUAGUUGUUUAGCAUUAUGUUUCAUCUUGAUUUAUUUUCUUUUUUUAUUUGAGGUGUUCAUGGUUGUCUGUUGAAGUUUCCUCGUAUAGGGGGUCAGUUAAAGUGGAUGUUGUUUAGGUUGUUAUAAUAACUGAUCUCAUGCGAAUGGCAGGUAUAACUUCUUGUCCUUGUUCGGAGGCGUAAAGAGUUUGUCUAUCUUGUUGUCUUCAUAUGGAGGAUGGGUCAGUUAUAGAUUUUAUUUGGGUCAGCUGUGAUAGAUUUUCCCUUUCUGUCUAUUUUUGGGACAUUACUUAAUCCCAAAAUAGUACUUUUAAAUUCUUGUAGUUUCUGGAUUUUAUUGAAAAAAGUAUAUUUAGCUUCAUUUAUAAGGGAAGAAAAAAAGGAGGGGAGAGUAUAUUUAGCUUCAUUUCCUGCUUUUCUUGGAGCACUGUGCUGGCACAAAGUGUUCCUUGUGUUUCAAAAUAAUCACUUUUCUUGGAAAGGGUGAGUGCUGCUCCUGGUGGAUUGCUUUUUUGGUUGAGAAAUGUUCCUUUCCGCUGAGGAAGAACAGAUCUCAUUGCCUUCAGAAAAUGUAAGGGAGUCCUUGAAAUCAUCCCCUAUGGGAUCAAACCCAGAUUCCCUUGAUGGGAUCUCACCGGUUUCUGAAUCGCACAAUGCGCCAUCAAUUCCGGCCAUCUAUACUGAUGUCAAUGUCGUUCCUGAGCACGAAAAGAUCGAGCUUAAGCAGUUUAUAUUGAAUCUAGAAGGGGAGAUUGAACUGCUGAGGCUGAAGCAGAGGUCUCUGGAUGAGAAGCGGAAAGAAGCAUUGAAUAAGAUAUUAGACAUCAAAGGCAGCAUUCGGGCACUUUGUCGAGUUCGACCAUUCUUAUUGACAGACAAGGGAAAUAUUCGUGAAUAUAUUGUAACUGGGUCGGAGAAUAUUGUGGUUAAGUUGGGUGGAAUAAGGAAAGAAUUCGAGUUCAAUAAGGUUUUCCUACAAGAAGCAAGCCAAGAGGAUGUUUUUGUUGAGGUGGAACCAAUCCUCAAAUCUGCAGUUGAUGGGCACAAUGUAUGUGUCCUAGCUUACGGCCAAACAGGCACAGGGAAGACAUUUACAAUGGAUGGCACAAAUGAGAAACCAGGAAUUCUUCCCCGUGCCCUGAAAGAGCUCUUCCAUCAAGCCUCUAUGAAUAGCCCAUAUUCUCUAACAUUUUCAAUGAGUAUGUUGGAGGUUUACAUGAGUAAUCUUAGAGAUCUGCUGGUUCCAAAGCCAUCCUGUAGAGCAUAUGAAGCUUCAACAAAAUGCAACCUCACCAUUCAAACAGAUUCAAAGGGAUUUGUGGAAAUUGAGGGUCUCACAGAUGUUCCAAUUCCAGAUCUUGCUACUGCCAGAUGGUGGUACACUAAGGGGAGAAGUGUCAGAUCCACUUCUUGGACUAAUGUUAAUGAGGCCUCUAGCAGGUCACACUGCUUAACGAGGAUCACCAUUUAUCGACGUUGGGAUGCUUCGGAAGCUAAAGCAGAAGUAAGCAAACUGUGGAUGGUUGAUCUCGGAGGAAGUGAGCGACUACUGAAAACAGGAGCUGCCGGACUGACUCUUGAUGAAGGAAGGGCCAUAAAUCUCUCUCUUUCGGCUUUAGGUGAUGUUAUUGCUGCUUUGAGGAAGAAGAGGGGCCAUGUGCCUUACAGAAAUAGCAAGCUAACUCAAAUCCUCAAAGAUUCCUUGGGUGAUGGUUCGAAGGUUUUAAUGCUUGUGCUUGUAAGCCCAUGUGAAAAAGAUGUUGGAGAGACAAUCUGUUCUUUGAGCUUUGCAAAGAGAGCAAGAGGAAUAGAGUCCAAUCGAGAACUACCAGAUGAAUUGAAGAAGCAAAGAGAAAAAAGGAUCAUGUUGCUCAAAGAGGACAUGAGAGAAGCUGAAGAAGAAUGUCAGAAAGUUAGGAAUCAAAUACAGAAGGCUGAAAUCCUGUUAAGUGAAAACAAAAGGCUACUCUCAACUACUUAUAGGCUUCUUGAAGAUGAAGCGAAGACCCCCAUGAGCCCCAAAGAAGAUUUGAAAGAAGCUAUUGGAACACCUCCAACGUCCAAGAAAGAUAUUAAAAGAAAUCUUUGUAAUUCUCGGCCUCAUUUCAUGACUCCCACUGUGGCCAGUCGCCAAAGGCAAAGUGCUGUUGAAAAAGAGGUUGUAGGAAGAGCAAGAAGUUUGCGAUCAGGGACUAGAAGUUUGAUCCAGCUUUCAGCUUCCCAGUCACAUAGUUAUAUGGAUCCUCGUUUCAAGGCGAUUUUACGAAAUUCAAAUAGAAAAUCACGACAUGCUGAGACGACUAAACUCCUCAGAGAGAGUCCGAAAUGCUAUGACUUGGAUUCGAAAGUAGACCGCUUGCCGCAAAGCAAGAUGGUCACUUCAUCAGAUCCAAACUUGAGAGUUACACUUGGCCAUAGAAGAAGAAGGUCUGAUCUAAUCUAGGCAUGAAAAAGGACUGUUUGCUGAUCUUCUGGAGAUAUCAUAAUGUGUGCAUGUGUGUAUUGUUUUAGGUUCACAGUUUUUCCUUUAAUUUUUACCUGGAAAAACUUUAUAGUGGGUGAUGUUGGUCAUUAUAUAUGGUAAUAGGUUGCUUUGCUGAGGCUUGCUGCCUUUUGGAUCUGUUAAGCUGUUUGUUUUGUCUUUUGGGUCCUGUUAAUGAUUUGUUAACAUGUUUUGUAACCCAUAAAGGGGCAAUAACUCGUGUUUGAACUUUGUUAUCAUGAUGUAUGCAAAUAUUAGAUUUGCCUUUUGAAGA